AAAACAAGGUUCCUUAUAAAAAGGCUUCUAUCACUUCCUUAAAAUAUGAAAUCAAUAAAAGUUAUAUAUAUUUUGGGGUUCAGUGAAGAAGAACCUCUAGAGUUCUGAUCAACAAAAGGUUCAUGUUUUGAGGAUGUGAACCCAGCAGCCAUCCAGUGGUCAGAUCAAUUCCACCUGUUUUUUCCAGCGCCCGGCCGGGAUUCGAACCAGCCACCCUUCGGUCACAGCUCCAACUCCAACCUGAGUUAAUCUUCAGAAAUAAGCAUGAGUUAAUCUGCCAAAAUGAAGACAAAAUGCUAUGCAUACAUGGUAUCACUUGUUAUGCAUAAUUAUCAUACAUAACUCAUCGCCAAAAGCACAAGACAUACUGUUGCAUGUAGGUCUAUAUCAUUUAUGGGUUGAUCACAUAGAAAUAUAAAAACAUUAUUUUUAACUACUGCAAUGCAAUUACAUGUGGCUCAGGAACCACUGACUCACUGCAUGAUUCUAUAGUAUUAUCAAGACACCUGCUGUUAACUCUUAACUACUUAGGACAGCUCAUGAGGUGUCCUAAAUAUCUACUGACUAGGUGGGUAGGUAAUUUAGGCAAUGGGUAGGUAACUAGGUCAUUUAUACCCAUAAGUGUAAAAUGUCUUUAUUCUCAGCACUUAUACGACCAAUUUUCUACUCAGACACUUUGGCCAUAUGGACCCAGAUCUCAACAUAUUGUCGUAAAAAAACUGAAUGUUUGAUCUCAAAAUGUUGUUAUAAUUUUGUAAAAAUGUUUGUUAAACAUAAUAAUAAAAAAUGAAUAUUACUAAUGUAACCCACUGUAAAGACUGGGUUUAGGUUAUUGUGUUGCACUGCUCAUGUCCGCGUUCUGGAACUGUCCGCGUCCCCGUACAGAACUGUCCGCGUCCACGUUCGGUGUGGAUAUUGUCCGGUUACGCGCAGAGUGGACUGAGGUGAUCUUGGGGAAUAACGACAGUUUGUUUUAGUGUUGAGACACCGACGUUUAUUGUUCAAUUUGCUUUUUUCUUUACGGUGAGGGACAUUAUGAGUGUAGCCAGAUCCUUUUCACUCUCUAUCCUCGUUUCAUUUUGUGGUUCACCGGAUUCAUCAUCGAGACGAGGGACAGACGAACGACCUGCUAACUAACCAAGCUAGUCGGUACAGCUCGUCCAAUCAAGCAGGAGAGACCAGCCUCCCCUGUUCCCAGCUGUGUGUCCAUGAAGAGUGACUGGUCUAUGGAACCUCCUCUAACCUUUAGAGAGGGAGACUUUUCUACUGAACAAAGAAACCAACAGGAGAGAUCAGGGUCAGAGAUUCUCAGUGGUCAGUCUUCCCAGAGUCAUCAAACAGACCUGGACUCCAUGUUCAGUUUGCUUGAACAGAAAAUUCUGACAUUUGUGAAGAACGAGCUGAAGAUGUUCAAGAGGAUUCUUAGUCCAGAACUCCCAGAAUGCUUUGAGAGUCAGAAGCAGGAAAUGGUGGAUGCUGAAGAUGAGAAGCAGGAGAGCAGUGCCAGAGAGGGGGCUCUGAAGAUCACACUGCACAUCCUGAGGAAAAUGAACCAGAAGGAGCUUGCUGACACACUGGAGAAAUAUGAUCCUGCUGUGAUUUGCCAACGUGAACUCAAAUCUAAUCUAAAGAAGAAGUUUCAAUGUGUAUUUGAGGGGAUCGCUAAACAAGGAAACCCAACAUUUCUCAAUAAGAUCUACACAGAGCUCUACAUCACAGAGGGUGGAUCAGGAGAGGUCAAUAAUGAACAUGAGCUGAGACAGAUUGAGACAACAACCAGGAAACAAGCAAGAUCAGAGACUGCAAUCAAAUGUAACGACAUCUUCAAACCCUUAACUGGACAAGACAAACCUAUCAGAACUGUGCUGACAAAGGGAGUUGCUGGCAUUGGAAAAACAGUCUCUGUGCAGAAGUUCAUUCUGGACUGGGCUGAAGGAAAAGCAAAUCAGGAUGUCCAAUUUGUAUUUUCAUUCCCUUUUCGGGAGCUGAAUUUGAUGAAAGGCGACAAACACACUUUGAUUGAACUUCUUAAUCACUUCUCAAUGGAAACCAAACAAUCAAGAAUCUCCAACUACGACAAGUACAAAGUUCUGUUCAUCUUUGAUGGUCUGGAUGAGUGCCGACUGCCCCUAGACUUCCAGAAGAACAAGAUCUGUUGGGACGUCACAGAGUCAACCUCAGUGGAUGUUCUGCUGACAAAUCUCAUCAAAGGAAAUCUGCUUCCCUCUGCUCUCCUCUGGAUAACUACCCGACCUGCAGCAGCCAAUAAGAUCCCUUCAGGGUGUGUUGACCAGGUGACCGAGGUACGAGGGUUCAAUGACCCACAGAAGGAGGAGUACUUCAGGAAGAGAUUCAGUGAUGAGGACCUGGCCAGCAGAAUCCUCUCACACAUAAAGACAUCAAGGAGCCUCCACAUCAUGUGCCACAUUCCAGUCUUCUGUUGGAUUUCUGCAACAGUCCUUGAACACAUGCUGAAACAUAAGAGAGAAGAGAUGCCCAAGACUCUGACUGAGAUGUACACACACCUUGUGGUGUUUCAUACCAAACAGAAGAAUGAAAAGUAUCUUGGGAAAGAAGAGACAGGUCCACACUGGAAUAAAGAGAGCAUUCUGUCACUGGGAAAACUGGCUUUUCAACAGCUUGUGAAAGGCAAUCAGAUUUUCUAUGAAAAAGACCUGAAAGAAGCUGGCAUUGAUGUCAAUGAAGCCUCAGUGUACUCAGGAUUGUGCACACAGCUCUUUAAAGAGGAAUGUGUGCUGUACCAGGACAAGGUGUACUGCUUUGUUCAUCUGAGCAUUCAGGAGUUUCUGGCUGCUGUAUAUGUGUUCCUCUCAUUCAUCAACAACAAUGAGAAUCUAAUGGACAAACUGCAAACAAAGUCCACUCAAUCAACGUCCAGGAAUCUUUCUGUGAGGAAAAGACACAAGCCUAAAUUUACAGUCUUCAAGAGUGCUGUGGAUAAAGCCUUACAAAGUGAGACGGGAAACCUGGACCUUUUCCUCCGCUUCCUUCUGGGCCUCUCACUGGAGUCCAAUCAGAAGCACUUACGAGGUCUACUGACAAAGACAAGAAGCAGCUCACAGAGCCAUGAAGAAACAGUCAAGUAUAUCAAGAAGAAGAUCAGGGAGAAUCCCUCUCCAGAGAGGAGCAUCAAUAUGUUCCACUGUCUGAAUGAGCUGAAUGACCAUUCUCUAGUGGAGGAGAUCCAAAGCUACCUGAGAUCAGGAAGUCUCUCAGAACACAACCUGUCACCUGCACAGUGGUCAGCUCUGGUCUUUGUGUUGCUGACUUCAGAAAAGGAGCUGGAUGUGUUUGACCUGAAGAAAUACUACAGAUCAGAGGAAGGUCUUCUGAGGCUGCUGCCAGUGGUCAAAGCCUCCAGAGCUGCUCUGCUGUCAGACUGUGGAGUCACAGAGGAAGGCUGUGCUUCUCUGGUCUCAGCUCUGAGGUCAAACCCCUCACACCUGAGAGAGCUGGAUCUGAGUAACAAUGACCUGAAGGAUUCAGGAGUGAAGCUGCUCUCUGAUGGACUGGGGAAUCCCCACUGUAAACUGGAGACUCUGAGGCUGUCGGGCUGUCUAGUCACAGAGGAAGGCUGUGCUUCUCUGGUCUCAGCACUGAGGUCAAACCCCUCACACCUGAGAGAGCUGGACCUGAGCUACAAUCACCCAGGAGACUCAGGAGUCAGACUGCUCUCUGCUGGACUGGAGGAUCCACACUGCAGACUGGAGAAACUCAAUGUGGAACAUGGUGGAGAGAACAGAAUGAAAUCUGGACUUAGAAAAUAUGUCUGUGAUCUCACACUGGACCUAAACACAGUAAACAGACGCCUCUCUCUGUCUGAGGAGAAGAGAAAGGUGACAUGUAGGAGAAAGAAGCAGCCGUAUCCUGAUCACCCAGAGAGAUUUGAGUACUGGGGACAGGUGCUGUGUAGAGAGGGUCUGACUGGGCGCUGUUACUGGGAGGUAGAGUGGAGUGGGAGGGCUGAUAUAGGAGUGACAUAUAAAGGAAUCAGCAGGAGAGGAGGGGUUAAGGACUGUUGGCUUGGAUACAAUGACAAGUCCUGGAGUCUGUACUGCUCUGACCACAGUUACGCUGCCUGGCACAAUAGUAAUCCCACUACCAUAGACGUCCCCUCCUCCAGCCCCCACAGAGUAGGAGUGUAUCUGGACUGGCCAGCCGGCACUCUGUCCUUCUAUAGAGCCUCCUCUGACACACUGACCCACCUGAUCACAUUCACCUCCACAUUCACUGAGCCGCUCUAUCCAGGGUUUUGGGUUCAUGUUGACUCCUCGGUGUCCCUGUAAAUAAUGACACACACACACACACACUGGACACACACACAUACAGGAAGUACAUUCACACACAUACACUGGACACACACUGGACACAUACACACACAAACACACACACACACACACACACACACACACACACACACACACACACACACACACACAGGACAUACUCACACACACUGGGGACACACACACAGGUCACACACACUGGACACACACACACAAACACCCACACACACACAACACACACACACACACACACACACACACACACACACACACAGGACAUACUCACACACACUGGGGACACACACACAGGUCACACACACAGGUCACACACACAAACACACACACAAACACACACACACACACACACAG